AUGGGGCACAGAAUGAAGUUCCUUAAGCUGCUGGGUACUUUAAAACAAAAUAAAGCUAAUUCAACUUCAGGCGACUUUACCACGCAUACGGCUGCUGCCUCUACCACGCAUACAGCUGCUACAAACCAGCCUGAUCAUGAGACCCAGGUGGUCACCAUUGCUGGUGAUGUGGCUGCAGAGAGUUCACAAAGCAAGGAGCCAGAGACUGCACAAAAUGCAAGGUAUGCACAUAGACUUAACAUGUAUGCAGAUUGCAUGCACUUUUUUUAAUUAAAAAAAGAGCAUAUAUAGGGGGAAAAGCAAGUUGUGCUAAACAGGGGCAGGCAUUCAGUGCAAAGUUUCUGGAACAUUAAUUUAUGCUUCCAAAUUUAAGGCUUCUUCUCUGUAUUAUUGCAAGCCAAAACUUGAGUUAAAAAAAUACUUUACUUAGCCUUUGUUUGGAACACCUUAAUUAUGGUUUUACACUGCAGCCUGUAAAGUUGCUGUUGAGUAGGGUGGCAUAAGCCGCCUUUAACCAAUAACUCACUCAAGUGUAUCUUAACGCUUGUCAGUGAGGACUGUAAGGGCAUAAUUAAGGCUUGUAUAAAUUUGUCUUUGUGCAGAUACUGUUGUUGUGUAAGGUGCUUAUCCUCACCUUUUACCAGCACCCCUUUUGAGUAGAUAUUACCAAAAGUUUGCUCAUUAAAGGGGACAUGGAUAAAUUUAUACUAUAUAAAUUUCAGAAAGAGACAGCCAUCAAAACACUCUCUGGCAAGUAAAAGAAGACAGCGUUUGGCCCGCAACAAGCGAAAAAGAGAAGAAAGAAAGCUUUUGAAAAGAGGAGUAACAACAUUGAUCCAAGAACUCAAAAAUGACAAUGACUCACUAACCAAAAAGUGUAAUAUGGAGACAAAUAUAAAGGAAAAAUACUUUGAGAUGUGGAGAGCAUCUGAAAAAGAAAAGGAUAGAAUUAAAACAUCUCAGUCCGUUUUUCGAGGUUUUCAGCAAAGGUUAACCAAGGAGCCAGGUUCUAAUAGAGAAAUCUUAAAGAUAGAUCCUUCUAUGCUGGAAGAUGUUGAUGGCCCAUCAGUUGAACUUGGUAGAGGAAGAUUUGGCACAGUGGUAUUGAAACAGUUUAGGUCAUCUCCAGUAGCUGUCAAAUAUUUUGAUUCCUCCACUACACCUAAAUUGGUGGAAAGGGAGGCAUCAUUUUUAGCACAGUGUUGCCAUAUUAACCUGCCAUUGAUAUAUGGGAUGAACAACACCCAUGCACCCUUUUUUAUUGUCACACAAUUUUAUGGUAGUGAAAGCUUCAAGCCAGUAACAUUAAGAGGUGUCAUCAAAGAAGAGGCUGAGGUGUCAAUAGAAAGUUCAGAGAACUGGCUUCAUAUUUUAACACAGCUUUGUGACUGUCUUAGCUACAUUCACAGGAAGGACAUUAUUCACAAUGACAUUAAGAAUGAUAAUAUUGUAAUUGUAUGCAAUUCUAAAGGCUGUUUCUCCCCAAUUCUAAUUGAUUUUGGAAAGGCAUGUCCACUUACUCGGGCAAAAAAGAAAAUCCUGACAGAGGAAGAAAAAGCUAUGUACUACAGAGAGCACUGUCACAUUGCUCCUGAGGUCAUUGAAGGAUCUCAUUCUCAAUCAAUUUUGAGUGACAUGUAUUCCUUUGGGGUAGUGAUUGCAAGUAUUUAUAAGUAUACAAAGUAUCGCCCAUUUAAAGAGCUUGCAAGAAACUGUCUGAAGCCUGUUUCAAACAGGUGCACUUCAGCUGAGCUGCGUAGUGUUAUUUUAAAUUUUCCUGUUGAGAAGUUCAGUUAACAUACCAAAAACAGGAGUAUAUAAUAAAUAUUGUAGAACUUCAUUUCCUCAAUUUGUUAUGGAGUACAUUUUUGAUAGUAAUUUUGGAAUUCACUGUCAGUUGAGUACAAAUAACUAUGAAGUGUAAGUACACUCAAAGCUUCUCUUAUGUGGCCACCCUAUACAAAUGGACAAGUGACUGUUUUAAAUAAAUAUAUUUUGGCCACUAUUAUAGUGAUUCAUUGAAAAUUUUGUUGAACAGGUCUUGUUUACUGGCCACUACGUAAUGUCUGACUGUUUUUAGUAGACAUUUAGCAGUACUUUUAUAGUCACACUUUUUUUUUGACAUGUGCUUUACUAUCAUUUAAGUCUGUUGUCCAAAAUAAAUUUUGAAAAAAAAUGUGGAGUUGACUUGUAUUCUCCUAUUCCUUUUUAAGGAAGCGGCCAUGUGUCAGUGCAGCUCAAACAGACACUGGAACUAUUGUACUUAAUGCUAAACUGCCUUGGCCUGCAACUAUAGAUUUGCCCACUUCGUAUAGACCAGAGGUGACAAAGCUGUUGCAGGACAAAGACAGAACAAAGUUGACAAGAAAGCUAAGAAAAAGCUUUGUUUCAAGAAUUUAUGAACAUUUCUCAAGAUAUACCCUGUAAGUAGAUAAUGAUACAGUGGAGUUCAGUAUCCAGUAGAUUUAUUUGAUUAGCAAUCUUGGGAAGUUUGAGUAAGUGUACACUUGCUAUUUACCAUAAAUUCUACAUUGUUCUCCUCCCACUUUUGAUUACAGCCAAGCCAGGGCAAGCAUACCCCCAUAGAGUCCAUUGAUACAAUAGUUAUUAUUGCAAAUUUAUUGAAUCUGCCAUGCGUAUCAUGUUACAGGUCAAAUUUGAUUUCAGGUUAAUUUUGAUUUAACCUAGGUUGAUUUUCAAUUUCCUUUGUUUCUAAUUCAUGAGUAAAUAGGUUAGGAAAAAAAGUAAAAUGAGAAUCAACCAAGGUUAAAAAUAUUUAACCUGAAAUCAAAUUUGACCUGUAACACAUACUCAAUCUGUUACGCAUACACUAUGAGUGUGAAAUUCUUCUCAGCUUCCUUUCUGAACUGUUUCCAUAAUCAGAGCAAGGGUUUCCUACAAAAAAGGCAUAAUUUGCCUAUUAUUGAUAGGCGAAUUACGCCCUUUCUGCAGGAAACCCUGUAGACUACAGAAAUAAUAAUUAUUGAAGUCUUCAAUUAGAAGACUAAUUUUAUUAUUACUGUAGUCUAAAAUUCACUGCUAAUUAUGCUUUUAUGAAUGUAGAUUAGAAUUUGAAAAGAGUUUCAGUGACCAAGAGGUUUAUUUUCGGGUAAUCAUUUACAGAACAAAAUGUACAUAUUAUAUGGAAGUAUGUCACUGGACCUGGCUUGACUGAAAACAUGAUCAACUUAAAAUUAUUACUUUUGAUUAAAUUGUUUGCAACAAACCUCCUGGAAUAAUGUAUCUACUUUUAGCAAUAAGGUAAGUAAGUUUAUGUUCUGUUAAGUUUGACAUUGUAUCUCUUUUAGGGUGUCUGUACAAUAAAGUUAAAACAUCCAUGAUACUUUGCUCUAAACCAUUCAAUAAGGUACUUACUACUCAACCUAUAGGGUAGACCUAAAUGUAUAUGCACAACUUCUAACAAAAAUGGGUGAAAAACUGGCAAGACUGCCUUCAAAGAUAUUGGACUUUGUAAAUAAUUAUGAAAUACAAUACUGGCAUAAGUACGGCAGGUCAAAAAUGAGGAUAAGUGAUGAACAUUUAGGACAAAGAGAAGCCAUUUGUUUAAUUUUCUCACAUGCCUUUAAUUUUUUUUCCCAGAUAUCCUACAAAACAGCAGCUGCUGGAAAUUUCCCAGCUUAUAAUUAAGACAUUUCCUUUCCUUAAGGACACAUCUGUUGGGACUGGAUAUGUAAGUUUACAUAAACGCAUUUCCGGCAUUAAAAAUAUCCUUCCUUGAGUACCCAGAACAGUUUGGAAGUUAUUGAACCGAAAUUAUUGUUUAAUAAUUCUAUUGAAUUAUGAUACAGUGGAACUCUGAUAAGACAGAAACCAUUUAAUGGGUAUUACUGGGCAGGGGCAAAGAUCAAGACUUAGCACCUUAUUUUGCACUUUUGAACAGCUGUUCUCUUCAAUAUACAGAUGUAGAACAACUGAAAAUUAUGUAGAUAUUCAUAGAGUGAUAAUUUUACUGUAAAAACCACUUAAAACCUCACUGAUUACAAAAGACAAUUUGACUAAAUUAAAAUUUGACUUUUAAACCCCACAAUACAUGUACAGUGUACUGUUGUUUGAGAGCAAAGUAAGAAUCAGUUCAGCUUACUGUGAUUCUGAAAAUGGACAUGCUGAUCUCUCUGACUUUUCAAUUCAAUUCAAUUUCUUUUCUCUCAAUUUUCCACAUGAACAUCACUGUAUAAUAUUGUUCAAGUUUUGAAAAGAAAAGGGUCACCUUCCACUGGCUUCUUCUGGAUACCAGCAAAUGGCUUUGAGCUUGGGUAAUCCCUUUCAUGAAAGAAUUAAACACAAAUCGCUAGUUUGAUUAGUAAAUUACAGAGCUCAAUGAACACGGUAACCUUAAGUCAUCAGUGUGACCAUGUCACACCAAGUACAGCGGUCGCCAGAAGGCAGGGUUCCACUGUGCUUUCUUAGCAAGUUUAGAAGUCCACUAUAAACCCCCACCCUGACAAUUAAAACACCUAGUCCUGAACUUCAGAAAAUGGUUAUAAUGCAAAAAUGUUUGUAUUUGAAUUUUAGGAUUCCUGGUUUGCCCAGCUCUAUGACAAAUUCAGAAACGAACGGAAAGGUAUAACUGAUGCCCCUGAAGUAAUUCUCCACAAAAGGAGAAAAACUAACGGGUCAGAAGUGCAGCCUGUGGCACUGAAGUUGAGAAGGGGUGGGAUCAAUUGGGAGCCACCUUUUCCAGAGGGAGAAGAUGAGGUAUCCUUGAAGCGGCAUAAAGAGUGGCUGCAGAAUGAGUGCAUGCGAAGAACGCCUGAUCUGAAGAGAGUGGCAGAGCGCAUGAGUCUUACCUUCCCAGACAGACGGAGGCUAAUGAACAAGAAUGUGCCCCUAACAGAAGUGAGAACAGAAUACCCUGCUUUAUUUGAUUUCAAACAGGUAUUAUGUUCUUUUUUUUAAAUUAAGUUUCUCUUACUGAUCAGGGACUGUCACACAGCACCGGUGGCUAGGGAAUUCCCCCUCCCCAGGCUACUAUGAGCAUUUACUCCCGACUACUUUCAUAAGAGAGAGAGCAGAAGUAGAUCCAAAAGAACUUCCUAGCUGGGUAACUCUCUACACACUAAUUCCAUAAUAAUUUGAAACACUCAACUGAUGUUCCCUUAUUUGCUAUGGAAACGGGCUGGUAGAAUAAUAUUGAUAUUUGAUAAUACUUUUUUUAAAGCUCCUCACUGUAGCAGGACUGCUUUAUCUUUUGUGAUUUCAGAUUGUCACUGAAUUUGAGAGGAUAUUAGGCAUAAAUACAAGCAUUCUGGACACGUUUCGGUCUAACUUGAGUCAAGUUGCUGACCAAAUAAUUGAAUUAGGAAGAGCCAGAAAGGGCAGGAAAAACUGUUUGGGAAUGGAGCAGUACCUCCAACUCUUGGAGGGAGAGUUUAAUGAUGACGAUGAAACUGAAAACUUGACAGGUAUGAAUCUUAAAAUGAUUGUAAUAAUAUUAUGCUUACUAAAAUACUGUAAACUCUCACAUUAGUACCCCCUUGAAUAGGUGGGCCUUCCUGCAUGCCAAAAAACUUAUUUUAGCAUUACACAAAAUUGAUGAUGCAGAAGGGAGGCUCAUGGUGCUUUCAUUGGCAUUUACUUCAUGAAGAUAAAAAAAAAUGAUAUUGUUACAAUAAUUGUCACAAUGAAAUUUAUUAUUUUUAUGCCCCAGCUGGUGACACUCCUUUGUUUCAAAUGCUGACUGAAUAAAAUUAAUGUCUUUUUUAUCAUUGUUUUUUCUCAGAGGAAAAAGAAGAGGUUGCCAUGGCAGUCCUUCCAUUUUUGCUUAAACAGACAUCUAAAGGAGGACAGUCUCAGCAGCAGGACUUUGUUCACUUUAUUGCUGUAAGUAGUAUACGAUUUUAUGACAGAUUUAAUAUCAUGUUUAUAGCGAGCAUCAGAUUCAAGUUGAUAAAUUCUAAUUAUAUGGAUGAACAUUACUUAAUUAACAAUUAAUGAAUGAGGCUGAGUAUCUCAUGAAGAAUUAUGGAGAUCUCGGAGGGUGCUAUCUGCCUUGGCCUACGGCCUUGAUGGAUAACACCCUCCUCGAUCUUCAUUAUUGUUCUUACUACUAUUACUAUCAUCAUCAUUUGUGUUCAAAGGGUGCAGUUGGAAUCCACGUUCUCUCAUGGAACUUUUUUCUAUAUCAGACUCACUAUUAUUAGCCCAACAGAUAUUUCAGGGUCAUUUUUUCGUGCGGAACUGGUGUCUAUGUUUAGCAAUAGAUAGUUAAGCCUCUUUUGCACAAACAUAACCCUUAUCUGACUGUGGAUGCACUUCCCUAAUUUUCAGUUACUACUAGUUGUUAUUAUCAUCAUUAUCAUCAUCAUUAUCAUCAUCAUUACUAUCAUCUUUAUCAUCACUUUUCUCACACGCGUAAUAUUAUUUUAGAAUGUACUGACUAUGGUUAAGGAGCAUUUCUAUUAGUGUGCUGCAUUAAACACAAUCCUGGGCUUUGUCAACGCUGCAAAUGCUUUAGUUGUCUAAUUUUGUGUCUUCCAUGAACGUACUGAUCCUUUUUAAUUGGCUUUUCCAUUAUAAUGGAAACUUGUGAUUUAUAACAGUGGCUUUUGAAGAUGAAAUCAUAACCAACUGAUUUGUUUUCUUUUUUAGGAUGUGAAUAGCACAACAGCAAAAAGUGUGGCUCUUCAAAGUUCUUUUCCUUUUAUCAUUUUUGAAGGCAGCCUUGAUUCACCUGGGCAAAUUCAUUUAGCAGCUGACAAGCAGUUGUUAUGCUCUUUUACUGGCAGCCUUGUGGAGGCAGCAUGUGGAUUGCUCGCCAGUUACUAUGUUUUUAUGUUCAAUUACCCUGUUGGGUUGAAAAAUUUAUUUUUGUAUUUACAAAAGUGCGUUCUGCACAUUAAUGAUGCACAGAAGCUUCCAGGCUCUGUCAUCAGUUUAGUGAAUGAACUUGAUAGCCUAUCAAAGUGUAAUUAA